CACAAACACUGCAAUGUCCCUCUGCUCAACUUCAGCUUCAGCAACCCGGGUUGUCACCAAUUCAACACGUCUCCUUUUCCGUCUCCAGCCAGCUUCAUCCAUCAAUCUAAGAAGAACCAUGGCGACCGUACCCAAGAAGAAAGAAUUCCUCUUCAUCAUACCUGAUAAGCCGAACUCGCUGGAGCUGAGGAAAAAGGUGCGAAGCAUGCACUUGGAGACCGCAAGGACGUUGGCUGCUGCGGGGAAGCUCCUUGAGGGAGGCGCACUGUUUGAAAAACACCCGGAAGAAGGACAGGACCCCCAGUUCAAGGGUAGUAUGAUUGUGUGCCCUGGUGAGAAUGUGGAGGAGGCCCUCGAGAUCAUCAAGAAUGAUAUAUACGCCACGACAGGCGUGUGGGACGUGGAAAAGGCCCAGAUAUACCCUUAUGUGCCUGCUGUUCGAGUUGGUAUUUAGUGGCAGGGACUUUUCCUUUGACAGCAACUAAAGCACAUUUCUCGCAUUAAAUUGACAGAUAAGCUCUAGUGUGGCUACAGAUACAGCAGAUACAACAGAUGUCUACAACACACAAGUUCAAGUAGAUGGCACAGUCAAAAUCCAGCAAGACUACCAGAUCAGACGGUCAAACCAGCAACCAAUUUGUCACCGAGUGCCUUGAUGCUGUCCUCAAAGGCCCGCGUGUCAUUUGCCUUCCAGUGGGCACUGCUUCCAGGAACGGCAUAGUCUCCCAUAAACCCAAUGUACAGUACAUCAUUUUGGUCGUGG